AGGAACUGAGUUCCAGCAUCCCCACGUUUUGAAGCAUCUCAACUCUUGUAAAGUUGCUUCAUUUCUGUAUUUCCCUUUUUGAACCUUUCAUGGGCAGCCCUUCUUCUUAAUGUGUGUGCCAUAAUACCCCCACUUGGUGCUGUUAGCAGUUACAACUCUUUCAAUCGCUCCUCCUUCUCCAAUCCUUGUUUUCUUUUUUCUUUUUUUCUUUUUUAUAAAUUCCUUACUCUCAUUUACUCAUCUGCACUGCCCUGCUCUGCUCUGCUCUGCUUUCUUCCAGUUCUUCCCCUACCAACACAACACAAACAUUCUGUUCUUUCCCUCUUCGCGUUUCUGGUGAUGGGUGAAGAAGCUGUUAAGAUGGAAGAAGCAAAGGUAGAAGAGACGAAGGAAGAACUGAAAGUGGAGAAACCCAAGCCUUGUCCUCCUUCCGUGCUGUUGUUUGUGGAUCUGCAUUGCACAGGGUGUGCUAAGAAAAUUGAGAAGUCCCUCAUGAGAAUAACAGGAGUUGAAGGGGUGAGCACUAAUGUGGCCAAAAAUGAAUUAACCAUCAAGGGAAUAGUAGACCCACACGCGGUUUGCGCCAAAAUCACCAAGAAAACCAAGAGAGUAGCCAAAGUGUUGUCCCCAUUGCCACCAGCUGAGGGCGAACCCACCGGCCCCCAACUUGUGAACUCCCAGGUGGGUGGAUUGACGGUGGUGGAAUUGAAGGUUAACAUGCACUGCGAGGCCUGUGCCCUGCAACUCAAAAGAAAGAUACUCAAAAUGAGAGGAGUGCAAACAGCAUGGACGGAACUGAGCACGGGGAAAGUGGUGGUAACAGGAAGCAUGGAUGGGAGUAAGCUAGUGGAGUACGUGUAUAGACGCACCAAAAAGCAAGCCAGAAUAGUGCCACAGCCGGAACCUCCUCAGCAAGAAAACAAGCCCCCUCAAGAAGAACCACCAAAAGCCGAAGAAAAGAAAGAAGAUGAGACAAAGACAAAGACAGAAGACGCGCUACCCCAAGGAACAGACACGAACAAUAACAAGGAGGAAGAACAACCAAAACCGACGGAACCAGCGGAACCAGGGGAACCAGGGGAAGAGACGAAGGCAAGUAGUGUGGAAGCGAAGCCGGCGGAGGGCGGAGAGGAGAAGAUUGUUAUGGAUGAGGUAGACCCUGAAAUCAUGAAGAGGAUGAUUUACCAUAAUUAUCAGUAUCAGCCGCUGUACGUUAUCGAACCAAUUCCUCCACCGCCUCAGCUAUUCAGCGAUGAGAAUCCCAAUGCUUGCUGCAUCCAGUAAAUGCUUGCUAUACAUUAUCAAGAUUAUAAUAUCCUAUCCUUGUGUGCGCCUUCUGUAAUAUAUUCAUUUCUAUAUUCAUAUCUAAUAAUCCAAUUCUCUGAUUCCA